AUGGACAAUAAUGUACAUGUAUGUGGAACAUGGACAGAUAACGAAAUUUUAUCAGAAACCAUAGAAAAUACCAGCGAGAGUGAAGACGAACCACAAAAUGAGGAGGAAGUCAUUUUUACCCAAGUAACAAUUCAACAAGCUAAAGAUGCUUUAAAUACACUAAGGAAUUUUGUUGAGACUACUACAGGUAUAGAUGAUAAGACUUUUUCUGCAUUAAAUAAUUUGGAAGACGUCGUGGCAGAAAGAAUUAAUAUGAAGCAAACCUUAAUGACAGAUUUGUUUAAAGAAAAAUAA